CUUUUGUCUCAUCUGUUUUUUUUCUACCUACCUACCCCAACAUGGAAAUCAAGACCAAAGCAUUGUUGAUUCCAUCUCUUCUUCUAUUGCUUGCAAACUGCAUGCAACAUUGUGUCAAUGGACAACAACAGAAAGUGCCCUGCUUUUUUGUCUUUGGGGACUCUUUAUCUGACAAUGGAAAUAACAACAACCUUCGAACAGCUGCAAAAUGCAAUUACAAUCCAUAUGGCGUCGACUUCCAAGAAGGCCCUUCAGGACGAUUUACCAAUGGAAAAAACCUAGUUGACUUCCUCGCACAAUUUUUGGGAUUUGAGAAAUUCAUCCCACCCUUUGCAAACACCAGUGGCUCAGACAUACUUAAGGGUGUGAAUUAUGCCUCCGGAGCAGCUGGGAUUCUCUCUGAGACCGGAAAGCGUCUAGGUGAGAAUAUCCAUUUGGAACAACAGCUGAAAAAUCACAGAGCCAUAUAUUUGGAAAUCGCCAAGGAACUUGGAGAUUUUAAGAAAGCAGAUUUUAAGAAAGCUAAAGAGUACCUUAACCAGUGUUUGUAUUACGUGAAUAUAGGCAGCAACGAUUACAUAAACAAUUUCUUUCUUCCCCAGCAAUACCCCUCAAGCCGAAUCUAUACCCUUGAGCGAUAUACCAACCUUCUCAUAAACAAGUUAUCUCAAAAUAUUCAGGAACUGCAUGAGAGAGGAGCAAGAAAAGUGGUGGUAGCUGGGAUGGGUCUUAUAGGGUGCACUCCACAAGCCAUAUCUACACGUGGAACAGAUGGAAAUUGUGUUGCUGAGUUCAAUAAUGCUUCCUUCCUCUUCAACAACAAGCUCGAUGCUAAACUCAACGCACUGAAAAAAGAGUACACUGAUUCCGAGUUAAUCUUCAUAAACAGCACAAGCGCCUCCCUUGACCAAUUUGGUUUCACUGUUCUGAAUGCUCCUUGCUGCCCUACGAGAGACGAUGGACAGUGUGUUGUUGAUGGAACACCAUGCCCUGAUCGAACCCAGUAUUUGUUUUUCGAUGGAUUCCAUAUCACAGCACUCGUCCACCGACUCAUUGCAAUCGCUACAUACGACCAAAUCAAGCCUCUUAUUCACCAUUGAACCAAUCAUCCACUUCAAACCGCACCACUCUCUCCUUAAAUAACUUCUUCUUAUCAUCACGCAUGCUUCUAUCUCCUCAAUAACUGCCCAGUUAAAUAAAAACUCAAUUUUACUUGAGUUAAAUUAAUUUGUACCCUACUUAAAAGGUUUCUAUAUAUAUAAUAUGAAUUAAGUUUAAUUUAUAAA